UUGGCCGCCCCGUUCGGUUCGUUCUACUACUGCGUUCGUCCGUUCGUUCGUUCGUACGUUCGCGUAUCCCUGGCCGACGGAGCUCGUGCAGAGUGCUCGCUAACGUCUGCGAGACCCGUCUCGCUCGUCGCGCACGACUUCGUACGGCGAAUAUUCAGCUCGCUAUCGUCGUGCGCGAGCGUAAUCCUUUUCAUCCCGAAAAUUGCGAAUUUCCGAAGCUUUCGCAGCGCCUCAAACAGAUCUCCAACCAGUCCUCGCCCUUCGUUCUUUUCCGGCCCGAUGGCUUAACCGGCCGGUCGAGAAAAAAAAAGAGGUACCUGGUUUUUACUCGGGUGACAACGACGAGAAGGAAGGGAUCUUUUACGACACGGAAUCCGCGAUAUCUCGCUCGUCUUGUCGCGCGACGUGCGUGAUCCUCGCGCGAAAGAUACAUUACAUACACGUCAUGCUACGCGUCUGUCAUCGGUGAGGGAAGUCGUGUUGUGAUACAGUCGCGCUGCUGGAUCAGUGCCACGUUGAAGACCGUCGCCAAUGACAAUGUCGUGGAUAACGACGACGACGACAAUGACGACGACGACAGUGUCUGGCGCGAAAAGCGACGACGGUGAUGGAAAAUUGAGUGCGCAGUGAUUCGAGGGAAGAACUGCUACGACGACUGAAAACUGCGUGCGUGUGAAUGCGUGGCAGCGUACGUGUGUGCGCGCGCGUUCAUCACAAUCAGGACACGCGUGCACCGUGUCGCGCGUACUCUCGACGACGUCCUGCUCGUCGUUGAGACCAACCCUCCUCUUGGUACACCUAAGUGAGGCGUUCAACGUGGCCGAUCCUUGGACAUGGUGAGGGGGCAUGUUGGUGUGUCGGCGGUUGCUGCUGAUCGCAGCCGCGAUUGCGGCCUCGAUCGAGGCUGGCUCGGCUAGUUACCACUCUCUCGGUAUCUCGUCGUCGGAUUACUCCGGAUACCCGAGCGGAUACGCGGUCUAUUCCGGCGCGACGUCACCCGAGUCCUCGUCGUCGUCGAGCUCGUCGACGUCCAGCCCGACGUCGGAGCCCGCUGGCGGCAACGGCGAGUCGUCCUGCCGACCGUCCGAGUUCCAAUGCGGCACCAGCGGACAUUGCGUCGCGCAGGACAAGUACUGCGACGGCGAGAAUGACUGCGACGACAAGUCCGACGAGCCGAGAUACUGCACUCCUUGCAAUCGGACGUUGUACGGUGACGUCGGUCGGACCUACAGGGUGGAGAUACGCCGACCUAGGGAGGAUCGACUGCCAUUCCUGUGUCAUCUCAACUUUACUGCCGCUGGAUCCGAUCUUGGGGAUCUAGUCCAGUUAACUUUUGAUACCUUCACGGUUGGCCGCUUUCUAUCUUUUACGUCGGAAGGAUGUCCAGAUGGUUUUAUGACUAUUCGCGAGGAAGGUCGUCCUGCGACAGGAGGACAAUGGUGCGGCAGCGCGUGGGGCUACACCGUCUAUUACAGCGAAACUCCUUCCAUCAAUCUGACUUUAUAUUUACUACGUUUAUCAGAACAGGGAAUCGGCUACAACUUCGACUUCAAGCUGUCGUACAAGUUCCUGAGAAGAAGCGAAGCACAUCUCAGAUACGGAAACAGCAGUAUGUCCACAUGGCGCGGCGAGCUGGUGAACGGCACGUAUUGCGAUCGUGUCCUCACCAAAUGCGAUACUAGAGCUUGCCGACUACAGUCACCGAAUUAUCCCGGAGUUUACCCCAGGAAUGUCACUUGCUACUAUCGGGUGGAGCAAAACCGCGCGCCAGUGGGCCAUCGAGCUUUACUCGCCGUUAGUCAACGAAACAGUCACAAGAUACACAUUAAGGACCAGGUCGUCAAGUACGACAGAAGUCAACGAGUGCUUAGGGUGUGGGAUCAGUGUAACGUCGUGCAAGACUACUUAACGGUAUAUGACGGAGGUUCAACCUCAGAUCGUGUGCUCGUAAGAUUGUGCGGAGGAGACGCGGUACCCGACAUCGUCAGUAGUCACAAUACGAUGUUGUUGGAGUUUCAUACAUCCCCGUACGACAAUCCGUUUCAUCCAGUUCCAUUGUCUUUCCUGCCGGGAUUUGAACUCGAGGUUCAGGUGAUCUUUGUCGAUGAAAAAUCUCGAAGUUUUGUGAAGGAAAACGAGAACUGCGAUUUUUAUAUAUCCGGCGACGAGAACUCAUCGGGCAUUCUGGAAAAUCCGAAACAUUCUUUACCGCCAAAUACUACCUGUCGUUAUCACUUCCAAGGAAAGCUUAAUGAGAUCGUUUGGUUAUCGUUCGUUAAAUAUUAUGCCGCCACCGUGGAAGCGGCUGCAAAUAUCGAUACUACUGCUGAUUGCAACGCAAAGCUUCUGAUAUGGGAUGGUGAUAUCACUAUGGACAAACUCGCUUCUAGUCGAAAAAAUGUUACACUGAUGGGACAGUUCUGUAAGGACGACAUACCGCGGUUGUGCGACCACAGUUUGCUGCGCAACAGUAGCCGUCACACGCGACCGUGCAGUCUCGCAGAGAGUUACGUGUCGACCGGCCGCGAUCUCACCCUGGAACAUAUAUUGCGCCAGGGUAGUGCGCUCUAUCCGAUAAGUUUCGUGCUACGUUACGAGUUCGUGCACGAAGCCAUUUCGUGCAACCACGUGUUCACCUCAACGUCGUCGACCUCAUCCACGUCUUCCACAUCAUCCCUAUCGUCAUCUUCCUCCUCUUCUUCCUUGUCUAAUACCGGCAAAUUCGCAUCACCAAAGAGCGUUUUCUUCUACGGUCGUGGCGGGGCUCAGAAUCUGAGCUGCGUAUAUAAAUUUGAGGCCGAGCCCGAUCACAGGAUAGAGUUGACUUUCGUCAAGGCAUCCUUCGGCGGUAAGGACUGCACAUCCGACAUAGACCAGUUGGUGAACCGAUGGACGUGCAAUCGGCGCAUGGCAGAUGUUAAAAAGUUUGGCAUGGCGAAUCUAGUUGUCGCAGAAUAUCCUUGGCAAGGAGUCGAACUUGUUCGCGAUUGUUUUUGCUCGAACAUGAGCGAGAGAAUCAUCGUGCGAACUCUGACAUCGAACAUGGUGGAGGUCAGGUUCACUGUCACGCUCAUGAACGUUACCCAGGAUUACCGAGAUUUCUUUUUCGAGGGAGAAUAUCGUUUUGUUCCCGUGAGCGCCGACUCGAAUGAGCAUGGAUGUUCGACGAGACUCGAAGAACGACGAUUGCGCGGCACCAGCGGCGAGAUCUCAAUUAGAAGUCCUCUACUGCAGGUGAUCCCCGGCGUGGCCGCGGUAGAGGAGACCUUGACGAACAUGGAAGAUCUCACGGCGAUGCAAUGCGUGAAUGAACCGUGGCUGAUCGAACCCGAAGACGCGCGCAUCAACUUCUUGUAUUUGAGAACUGCUGGCUAUAGCAUCACCCAGGAUAACGUCGAAGAUUGUAUGACCUUGAAUAGAAUCAUCGUCUAUUCAGCUGCAAAUACGAAAGAACGCAGCGUAAUCUGUCCAGAGGGUGGCGUCGACACAGCCAGGACAGUCGACUUCUUCUCAGGCGGCUGGAACUAUAGCGCCGUGAACGCGAGCGUGGCAAUGGCACAGCAUUCCCGCAGCUUCGUUGUGGAGUUUCUCCAGCGGGAACCCGGUUUCCACGCCGUCACGUGGAUCGCGAUCUCCAAACGUUCACCAACCACAUCCAAUCUAGGCCCUAACGCAUUCGCCAUAUUACCCGAAGAAGAUUGCCCUUACAGAUGUCCAGAGAUUCAAGCGUGCAUCAGCUCGGUUCUGUGGUGCGACGGCGUCCGCCAUUGUCCUUCGGGCUUUGACGAGGAAGAGGCUAAUUGCUCCUAUCGUUUCGGGGUUACGCUGCUGUACGUCGCGGUGGGUGCCGGUGCUCUGGGUAUAUUUCUGAUCCUCUUACUGGCCACCGGUUGCCUGAAGUACUGCCUCUAUCGGCACAAGGCGCGCAAGAAGAAGAAAAAUGUCGCCCUGAACGUCAAUCAUCUCCACGUAAAUCACACCCACCACAAUAACGGCUUGACCGGAAGCCGAUUGAGUGGACGCUACAACCUAGCCACGCCCCAGGAGAUGUACCUGGAGAAUUAUGGGAAGGACAGUAUUUGUUGACAAUACGCCAUUGCCAAUAUCGAGACCACCGUGUGAAUAGUCAUGAUUUUUAAAUGCCUACCUCGCUCUGGCCCCCUCCCUUCCUUUACCUGUUUCCGCUACCCCUGAAGUAACGGACCGGAGUGUACGGCAGCCAGACACUCCCAUCCCAAAAGCACACACAUUACACGCGCACGUGCAUACACACACAUACAUAUACAUACUCUUGCAGUAAUCGUACGAAAUCCCGUAGAAUAUAUCCAAAGCACAUAGAAGCGAGCGCACGAGAUGAAGCAUUCAAUUGGUGGCGAAGAUGGUUCCAUCAUCGAAUUCUCUGUUCCUUCAAUCUAAUCUUAUAACGAUUAGUCUACUUUGAAUAAGCAGAUUACGGUCGACUCAUUAAAUCAGGAUGGAUGACAAUCCGCUUAUCGCGCAAGAAUGGAUUGCAAGACGCCUAUAAUUCUAACGAGUCGAUGAGAGGAAGAUGUACACGCACCUCUCGUACGCUCGUAUAUAUGGCAUUUACAAUAACACCGCAGUAUCAUGGUAGGUUUAGAUAUACACGAUUUAAGAGUAACAAGGUACGCGCGAGUGGACGAAGAGCAGCGAAAUUGGCGUUUAUAUACGCACAUAUACAAUGCUUCUAAAAGACGUAGGAUAUGCUGUUUUCGUUGAGUGCACUUUCGGUCGGUUAUUGGAUGAACGUCGUAAACAUAACGUCUAUGACGCGACUAUGACGAUAAAAAUAACAAGAUGAAGAGAGAGAAGGACGAAAAUGCGAGCGCUAAAACGCGAGAGAAGCUCUUCACAGAUAGUUUUCAUGCGAAUUGAUGAGAAAAGAUAGGAUGCUAAAAGUUGUGCGAUACGCGAGUGAUAUAUUCGCGGCAUUAAACUGAGUGUAUAUUGAGAAAAGAUUGAGAAAUAUUCAAUUGUAUUCCUGAUUGCUCCUGAUUGCAUACGUCCUGAGACGACACUCGUGCUUAUCGUUAACACUAAUUUCUUGAGGUCUGCGAUUUCUUGCAAUUUCUUGAGAGAAGACGAGAAAAUCCGUUAUACUCGGAUCUUUUGCAAUUAUCUAGAUUUUAUCCAUCCGUUGAUGAAAUUAGCUCAUCAUUUGUCAAAUUAAUCACUUGAAUAUGUUACAGUGAUUCGUAUUAAGGUAACUGCAUAAAAUUGUUUUUUAUUACUAAAAGAUGAUUAUUAAAUUAUAAUAACGUCAGGAUUUAAUUAAAAUUUCACGUACAUUCGCAAAUCUAAUAGUCAACGUGACAUCCUCAGAACCACAUUAUUGGUUCUAAUGAAUAUUAUAAAGAAUUUAUUUAAAUUUAAAUGGACCCUUUAUCGAAAAAUGCCCUUUAUAAUCUUAAUCAUUAUCACAAAUAGUCUUUGCGUGUUAUCUAUUAAUGCAUUAUUUAGCUAAUUAGUCAUACAUUAUAUUGCAUUAUUAUGCAAUAUAUUAAUGCCCAUUAUAUUAUGUCAUUUAUUUAUGCAAUGAUUUAGUCAUUCGUCUCACUGUAAUUCUGUUCCACAUCAAUUCAGUGAUCAUUUUUUUUAUAUUAUCCCCUGAUCCGCGGUUUUCAACUAUCUAAACUUUAUAGGUGAUUUAUGAGAGACAGCAUGAGAUACGUAGAUAGUUCACUCGCAUUAAUCUAAUAGGUUUGGUAUCGAUGCGCGUGGCUCGAACGUAGAUAUCCAUGUGUAACUAAUUGAAUGCCGAAGAAGAGCGUGUACGCCGUAAUUCUAUUGCGAAUGCAACAAGAAUUAAGCAAACGAGACGAUUAAGCGAACAAUGGACGCGAUCUUCAUGCGUUAGCCUAUUAUAGACACUGUAUGGUAAAGCGCGUUUAAACGUACGUCUGUAUGCUGUGAUAGAAGUAAGCGUAUCAACAAUCGGAAAUAAAUCUCUCGCGUGAACUCACGUUCGCAUAUACGUAUCCUCGAAACCAUCAGCGAAGAUGGAUCGCGAUCUUUCGAUGCGAUCUUCCUUGACGUCGAUAUCUUAACGCUGUCCAGCAUAUAACUUCUAGAUCAUUAAUCGUUCGAAAAAAGAUACGUGGUCCAAACUCGAGUAAUAAGUAAACUCGAGAAAAGUUGAUUGAGAAGCGAGUUUAUAGUGAGCCAUUGGACGGAAUAGUGGUAUAAGUCGACAAAAAUAAAAGUUUGAGACGUAAAAAUUAGAGAGAAAUAAAAAAAUUCUAGAUAUAUUACUUCUCUUUUAAGAAAAAUAUCGCGAGUGAUCGCGAUAAAGCAAUUGAAUUUUAUAUCUUCGUAAACUUUUCUUGUCUAUUUCAAUGUGAGGAGAAAAAUUGCUUACACCACUGUUUUGAACAAUGGCUUGUAUAUUGCAUAAUUUUAUAUAAAAAUGGCCGUUAAAUUAGAAUUUAUUGCAAUCGCGAUUCUAACGUUUUCUAACGUGUUAAUUGUGGUAUUUUUGUACAUUUUUGCAAACUCAUAUACAUAGACUUCGUGUCACAAAGUUUAAAAAUUCCUACGCCGGUCGCGUUAAGAUAUCUUUCGCCAGUCUCAUGAAUUGCUCCGUGAAUAAUUCACUACCUAUAUAAGACAUCGUCUAUCUACACGAAUACUGCCGCAGUUAUAUUAUUUAUUCAUAAAGUUUUAUAAGUCUCUUUCUACCCGAAUACGAAAAACUGUUCGAGUAUAUGACAUAUUAUAUACUAUAAAGACAUGGAAUCCAAAAGCAAGUAACGUACUAGCGAAUAACGUAGCGUGCAUCAGAAGCGAAACUGUGCAUACGCCAAGCUCCUCGAUGUGUUAAGCGCGCGAUUGCAAUAUUAAAGACAUGUUAAAAUUUACUCUAACAUAUCGAAAGUUCGAAAUUAAUUUAAGCGCGCCUCCAUCUAAUACUACUGCCUAGCAAGACUCAAGUAGCGAUCGUUUUCAUGAAUGACGAGGAACGAUCCUUUCAAACAGAAAUUCUCUCGAAAUUCUCUCUUUUCUUUUUUUUUUUUUUUUACAAAGUGAUUCCGUCAAAAAAGAACUCAUUUCUCGUGAAAUUUUUGAUAUAUCCACGAACCGGUAGAGUUCUCUAAAUCUGUCUCUAAAUAAAUAAAUAAACGCAUAAGUCCCUCGACGAUGAAAACCAAUGUAAUACACAUAGUAAAACGCAUCGUUUCAUGGGGGACGACGAUUUAUAUUACCAAUAUCUUUCUACUGGCACGAAAUGUCGAUGUGACUCGGCCAUUAAAAAGCACGUACGAAAAGUCGUUCCUGUCUUCAUGCCGUAACUUCGAGCGAAUCAGUAUGGAAUUUGAUUUCUUCGACGGGUAAAAGUCUAAAUCGUGGAGCGUGCACGUCACAUUAUGAGAUUUAUAUGACUCGAUGUUGAUAUGACUCGACUCCACGUCUCGCGCUCAAUCGAGAAUGCGUCCUACGAUUAUGAAAAUAUAGUAAUAUGCAUGUAUGUAAGAACGUACACGAAAAAAAAAUGCCGUAGCACAAACUGGCUCGCACACACGUA